UUGAACGGAAGUCUACGCUUGCGUUUCGACAGUCGGAGCUAAGUGUCACAAGCUGCACGUGUUUGUUUGCGUCAUACUCGUCUAGGGAAAGUUGAGAGUGUCAACUCUGCUUGAAGUGCUUGUGUAUAGACGAAGGCGUGAAGGCCUGACGGCUCGUCUAAAGAUGACCGAGCCGCAGGAAUCAGCAGCGGCCGCAGCUCGUCGCACAAGUCACGAGACAAACCCUUUGUCGUCCAUCAUGGCAUCAAGACUUCAUCAUCGAAUUUCGGCCCCGGCUCCUCUCGCUGGCUCAAUAUCGAUGGUGGGCAGCGUGCCGCUGAAGGACAAGAGUGGCGCAGAUGUUGGUAAAGCGGAUGUUAUUGCUAUAACUCCAGUGCCGGCAAAGAAACUGUCAAGUCAUUGGAUUCAGUCUCAACGUGAUGGGCGAGUUUUGGUGUCGGCUUCGCCGAACCUUGUCGACGUUCUCAAGAACAUACCAUACGAAGGACCACUCGAUAGAACCCUACGCUGGAUUCUUUACCAGGACCUCGCUUGUGAAGAUGGUACGACUGAGGUUGUGGAGAAUGUUGCCGACAGGUGUACCGGGCACGCCACUCAUUAUCCAUUUGAUAAUCACGAAGAAGGUAUAGAGGAGUACGAAACGUCGAUUUCCCGAUGCGAAAGUGACCGCGGAACUCAUGGACGAGGCAGCCCGCUGCUGGACUGGGACCAGUCUCGUUUGCAAGACAUUUACACUCAGCUACUCAUUCGGCAGACCGGUGCUCAUGUUUUUCUGAGUCAAAACAAUCGACGUGUUUUACGACAAGGAGAAGAUGAAAACUCGCCCGAUGCCAAGCGGCUUCUUUCACAUGUCUACAAAAAGUUUGGACUACCUACUACCGCACCAGUUGACUUAGUUCAUUCCUCUAAGGCUGCAAGUGGUUUGCCUGAUUUAAUUGAGCGCUCAGCUGCUCGGUACACUCGUCGGUCAGGAGUAUUUCAGCCACCUGUUAUUACUAAACUACUCGGAGAGAAUGAGGAAGAAGACGGUCUCGGUCUUUUCUUGGGCAGAUGUGAUGUUGAUUUGCCGCACUUACCUCGCCCAUCUCUGGAGGCUGCUGUAGCGGUGGGCGAAAAUCUGCCAGAACUGAGAACUAGAGAGAAGAGAGCUAGAAGACUCGCGAGUAGCCACAAUAUUAAAAUUGGACGGACUUUCUCUUCCAAGAAGACUGCUGCACUCAAUUUGGGGACGCCCUAUGCCUGUGAAUGGAAGAAAUGUAACGAGCGAUUUUCUACAGCCCGUGAAUUGUUUGUACACGUUGAGGAGCACGUUUGCACGCCGGGUCCACGUAGUUUGCUGAGACAUGAUGGUUUUCGCUGUUUCUGGAGGACUUGUCCAUUAGCAGAACAGAGUAAAUUGUUUUCUGCACGUUACCAGCUGUUGUAUCACCUGCAAAACGUACAUUGUGCAGAGAAGAUUCAUAAAUUAUCGAUUCAAGAAACUGAACCACCUAUAUCAAAACAUAGGAAGCAAGAUGGUCAACCUGUUGCAUUAGUCGAAGAUAAGAUAUCCGUUUUACCCAAAAUUGAAAGAAGUAUUGGGACACCCAGGGGUGGAAGCCAACUUCGUAGAAGCUCACUGUAUAGAUCUGUGCAUCAGAAAAAUCUGGCUCAAGCCAAUUAUAUGGAAGCACCUGGAUCUCCGGGUAGCGGGUCAGUGCAAAGGAGUGGUGUACGCUUACUACCAGGUGACAGGAAAUCAAAGAAACAUACUGGCAAGCACACAGACAAGGACUCACAAAGGCUUUUGUGAUCUGUGUGGCAGUGUGAACAGUUGGUACAGCUAGACUUGUUAGGAUUUUAUCUCGUAACAUAUAUACACACAAGAGACUUUAUGGCUGCUUGUGGACUUGUAUAGACUGAUAGGUUAGAUUUAUUGUAGUGCUACAAAUGUAUCGUAAGGUACUGUAGUCUUGUACAGUAAUGUAAUGUAAAAAACAGUUGUGGGACAGAGACUAGCAUAAUAUAUAUAUACCAUAAUGUGUA